CCUCUGCGCCAGCCAGCAGCAGCCUCGCCUGCAUAAAGCCACCAGCCACCACCAGCCAGCCAGCAUCUCCAGCGGCUUCUUCCAAAGUUGCAACUCCUCCUCCAACCCCCAACUCCGACGAGAGCCCCAGGAUUUCUGAGCCAAAUCCUUUUUGUGACCCAAUGGGAGAGGCCUCGCCGUCGAUCGCCAAGGACGUCACCGAGUUGAUCGGGAACACGCCGCUGGUGUACCUCAACAAGGUCACCGAUGGCUGCGUCGGCCGCGUCGCCGCCAAGCUCGAGUCCAUGGAGCCCUGCUCCAGCGUCAAGGAUAGGAUUGGCUACAGCAUGAUCACAGACGCAGAGGAGAAGGGGCUGAUCAUUCCAGGCGUGAGUGUUCUGAUUGAACCAACUAGUGGCAACACAGGCAUUGGACUAGCCUUUAUGGCUGCUGCCAAGGGCUACAAACUUAUACUCACAAUGCCUGCCUCCAUGAGCAUGGAGAGGAGGAUCAUCUUGAAGGCUUUCGGUGCUGAACUUGUCCUUACUGACCCACUCCUGGGAAUGAAAGGAGCUGUCAAAAAGGCGGAAGAGAUUCAAGCAAAGACACCCAACUCAUACAUCCUUCAACAAUUUGAAAAUCCAGCUAACCCAAAGAUUCACUAUGAGACUACAGGGCCAGAAAUCUGGAAAGCUACAGCCGGAAAAAUUGAUGCCCUUGUAUCUGGUAUCGGGACAGGAGGUACCAUAACUGGUACUGGGCGAUACCUCAGAGAGCAAAAUCCUAAUGUCAAGCUCUAUGGUGUGGAGCCAGUGGAGAGUGCUGUUUUGAAUGGUGGAAAACCUGGACCACACAAGAUUCAAGGAAUUGGAGCUGGUUUUAUCCCUGGAGUCUUGGAUGUUGACCUCCUUGAUGAAACUCUACAGGUUUCAAGUGAUGAAGCUAUUGAAACUGCCAAGUCUCUUGCUUUGAAAGAAGGGUUAUUGGUUGGAAUCUCUUCUGGUGCAGCUGCGGCUGCGGCAGUUAGGCUUGCCAAGAGACCUGAAAAUGCCGGAAAGCUAUUUGUUGUCGUGUUCCCAAGCUUUGGUGAGCGCUACCUCUCAUCAGUGCUGUUCCAGUCGAUCAAGAAGGAAGCAGAGAGCAUGGUGGUCGAGCCCUAGAGCAUGCAAUUCUGGCGACCAUUUUCAGGAUGUUCACCAUUUUCAUCACAGAAAUAAAGCUUCGGUGCCCUUCUGCUUCUGUUGACUUCGACAUACAUCUGUCUGCCGACGAUGUCCAGUCCAUUGUGGUCGUUGUUUUACAUCGUUUAUAGACUUGUGAUGUUUUUUUACUACAAUUUGACACUCGUUCUAUUCUGUAUAUCGCGUCAGCCAGUGUGAAAUAAAAGCAGUACAGUGUUUUAUUGCAUGGA